AUGAGGUCUAUUCUGAUCAUCACCCUUCUUAGCUGCUUCUGUGCAGAUGAGGCUAAAAUCUUCUCCAAGUGUGAGCUGGCCCACAAGCUAAAGACCAAGAGAAUGGAUGGCUACCAUGGCUACAGCCUGGCAGACUGGGUCUGCAUGGCUCCAUAUGAGAGUAACUUCAACACCCGGGCCUUUAAUGGGAAAAAUGCCAAUGGCAGUAGUGACUAUGGGCUCUUCCAUCUGAACAGCAAGUGGUGGUGCAAAAACAGUCAUCAUUCCUCAGCAAAUGCCUGCAACAUCAUGUGCAGCAAGUUUCUGGAUGACAACAUCAAUGAUGACAUUGUCUGUGCCAAGAGGGUUGUGAGAGAUCCUAAGGGGAUGUCCGCCUGGAUGGCCUGGGUAAAACACUGCAGGCAAGGAUUUGUCCAAAUACCUGGCCGGCUGUAAGCUGUAAGAUG